AUGGGACUAUGCCACGGGAAACCGACCGCGCAGCCGCCGCAAAACCUGUCGGAGAACCCAAUAAUCUCCGGCGAAACAAACGACCCAACGCAAACUACCUCGACCGGAAAACCCACCAAAUUCCCCUUUUACAGCCCUAGCCCACUCCCUAGCGCGUUCAAGAACUCGCCCGGCGUCCUCUCGACCCCUCUGCGCUUUCUGAAGCGCCCCUUCCCGCCGCCGUCGCCGGCGAAGCACAUAAAGUCCUUGCUCGCGAGGAGACACGGCCCAGUCAGGCCCAGCGAGGCCACCAUACCCGAAUUGACCGAGUGCGAGAUUAUUGGGCUGGAUAAAAAUUUUGGGUUCUGUAAGAAUUUCGUUGGGCAUUAUGAAAUGGGGGAAGAAGUGGGCCGGGGGCAUUUCGGGUACACUUGUUCGGCGAAAGGGAAGAAAGGGAGCUUGAGAGGGAAGGAUGUGGCUGUUAAGGUUAUCCCUAAAUCAAAGUUGAUAACAGCAAUUUCCAUAGAGGAUGUCAGAAGAGAAGUGAAGAUACUGCGUGCCCUUACUGGACACAGAAACUUGGUGCAAUUCUAUGAUGCUUAUGAGGAUGAAGAUAAUGUUUAUAUAGUUAUGGAGUUAUGCAAAGGAGGAGAACUACUGGAUCGGAUACUCUCCAAAGGUGGAAAAUAUGCAGAAGAAGAUGCUAGGAUUAUUAUGGUGCAAAUUUUAAGUGUGGUUGCAUAUUGCCAUCUUCAAGGUGUGGUUCACCGUGAUUUAAAACCUGAGUAUUCUUGUAAUAAUUCUCCUAUUCACCUUCAUAUCUCAAAUUUGGCUCAGAAUUUUCUAUUUACUUCGAAAGACGAGCAUUCCCAGUUGAAGGCCAUCGAUUUUGGGCUGUCUGAUUAUGUAAAGCCAGAUGAAAGGCUGAACGAUAUUGUUGGAAGUGCUUAUUACGUGGCACCAGAAGUUCUUCAUAGGUCUUACGGGACAGAGGCCGACAUGUGGAGUAUUGGUGUAAUUGCUUACAUACUACUUUGUGGGAGCAGACCAUUUUGGUCGAGAACAGAAUCCGGAAUCUUCCGGGAUGUUCUAAAGGCCGAACCGAGCUUUGAUGAAGCCCCUUGGCCAUCUUUGUCUUUAGAUGCUAUAGAUUUUGUGAAGAGAUUGUUGAACAAGAAUUACCGUAAAAGGCUAACUGCAGCACAAGCUCUAUGUCAUCCAUGGCUGGCUGGUCAUCACGACGUGAAGAUUCCUUUGGACAUGUUAAUGUGUAAGCUCGUGAAAGCUUAUGUUUGUUCGACAUCACUUAGGAAAGCGGCUUUAGGGACGGAAAAUCUAAAGGAAGUUAAAUUUAUGCUUCGAUCUGCAAAACAUAUGAAAGGUGGUGAUUUAAACACAAAUAGCAAAAAGGCAAUGUCGAAGAACUCAACCGAUGCUAUGAAGGAUUCGUGGGUUUUGGAUUAUGUCAAUGUGGUGAGUUCUCUUCAGUACAAGAAACUGAAUUUCAAAGAAUUCUGUGGGGCUGCGAUAAGCGUUUAUCAGCUCGAAGGAAUGGUUUGCUGGGAACAACUCGCAAAAAGUGCAUACGAUUUUUUCGACAAGGAUGAGAAUCGAGCCAUCAAGAUCGAGGAACUUGCCUCUGAACUGGGGUUGAGUCCAUCUGUUCCGGUUCAUGUGGUUCUUCAGGAUUGGAUAAGGCAUUCGGACGGUAAACUCAGCUUCUUGGGGUUCGUUCGACUUCUCCAUGGCUUUUCGUCCCGAUCGAUUCAAAAGUUGUCUUAAUUAGUAGUAAAAUUCUUUUCUUGAAAUAUAUAUUUAUAUUUAUAUAUAUAUGAGUGUUUGUGAGAUGUUAAGAGGAUCUGUAUAGGAUGAAAGUUAGAUUAGGAAAAAUGUGUAUUGUUAGAGCUUUAACAGUAGGAAAAGAAUGGCUGUUACUGUGAUAUGAAG